CUGCUUUCGUUACUUUCCAGACCAGUUAUCUCCACCGUAUCAACAGAGAAUCCAUUUCACUUUGAGUUAUAAAAUCUAAUUGUUACUCUACGCAUCAGAGUCAUGACAAGCAGAGGCCAGAAGGUGCCACCUACCAAAACCAAAGCCCAUGUCGGGAGUGCAGAGCAAGCUGGUCCAGCUGGUACCCUCGCUGGAGCGGUUGUCGAAGAGUAUGCUACUCAAGCGACCAAGUUAGGCCCCGCGACCAUGGGAACUACCACAGCUGCAUAUGAGCCGGUUGCGACUACCCCGGUUGUAGGGCAAGGUGUGGGUGGUAUGGCGGGAAAGCAGCCUGCAGGCGGCAUGCAUACGGAGACUGUCAUCGCACCAGCAGCCCACGGUGCCCCAGAUGUACCUCAUGUUCAUACCGGUGCAAGAAAAGCGCAAGGUCCUACCGGAACGACCAGGAGCGCUGGUCAGAAGACCGCGGAUACGACCAAGCACGCCGUUCAUACCGGGUCGGAAUUGGCAGGUAAAGCAACACAAGGAACCACGGAAACUGUGAAAACCGCUGGCCAGCAGGCUAGAGAUACGACGAAAGGUGCCGUUCAAGCAGGAUCGGAGAUGAGUGCAAAGACAGCAAAAGCGGCCACCGAUACUGCCAAGAAUGCCGGACAGCAAGCAAAGGAUACCACUAAAAAUGUCGCUCAAACUACUGCCAAUGUCGCCAGCGAAACAGCGCAACUCGCAGCCAAUACUGAGAAACAAACCGUAGAGGCUACUAAAAGUGCCGCUCAAGCCGGUACCGAAUUGGCUGGAAAGACAGCACGCGCUGCGACCGAUUCUGCCCUCAACGUCGGUCAGAAGGCGAUUGAUACCACCAAGGGCGCAGCUACUACUACAGCAGACGUUGUCAGUGGAACUGCGAAGGCUGCAACCGAUACGGCCGUGAACCUCGGGCAAAAGGCCGUUGACACCACCAAAGAAGCCGGUGCAAAGACAAUGGAUGUGACCUCCGGGGCUGUUCAAGCAGCGGCCGACAUCGCUGGACGGACCACCGAAGCUGUGACGGACACCGCCAAGGGUGCUGCUCAAACUGCCUCCGAAGCUGCAAGCAAAGCAACCGGUGCCACAGUCAGUGCUGCACAAUCGACGGCUGAAGCUGCAUCUGACGUUGCCGGCAAAGCUGCUGGAGCUACAGUGGAAACCGCACGUCAGGCCACGACUGCCGCUCAGGAAGCCGCCGCUGCCACCGCCGAGACCGCCGGGAAAGCUGUCCAGAGCACCAGCGAAACCGUUGGCUCCGCCUAUACCCACGGUAAAGAACGUGCCGCCGAAGAAGUCCAUACCGUCCUAGAAACGACUAAAGGCAUUGUCGGAGGAACCAUUAAGACUGUGGAGCACGCCGCUGAGGCCGUUGUAAGCACCGCUGCUGCUGCUGCCGGUGCCGCCGCAGGUGCAGCCAAAGGUGUCGCUCAGAAAACAGCCGGAGCGGCGAUGGGCGUUGUUGGUGGGACCGUGGAAAUGGCGAAAUCAGUUGUCGGAAUGGGUGCGGCCUCUACCGAAGCCGUUGCCGAGGCGGUUAGUGAAGAGAAACAGGAAAUAGUUGGCGAUGCUAAGGCGCUGAAGGAGGGACUCAAAGCUCCCGAGGCUGAAACGACGCACAAAAAGAUUGUACAGCAUGUUGCAGAUGAGCAUGGGAAUGUGAGGGAAGUUGUGGUUACCGGUGGUGGAGCUGAAAAGGAGGAAUGA